AUGAAGCUGGUAUUGGCGACGCAUAACCAAGGCAAGGUGCGGGAACUCACAAAAAUGCUCCGCAGCCCCUCCUCAAUUGAGGUUAUCUCCUUGAACGCCUAUCCGGAUGCUCCAGAAGUCGUUGAGGACGGAAAAACAUAUAUGGAGAAUGCCGCCAAAAAAGCGUCCGUUAUUGCGGAAUACACAGGUUAUCUGACGCUCGCUGACGAUGCUGGAUUAGAGGUAGAUGCGCUUAACGGUGUUCCCGGCAUCAAUUCUAAACGCUGGGCAGGUGAAGACGCUACAGACGCGAUCCGGAUUGCGAAACUUCUUCAAGCACUUGAAGGUGUUACCGAUCGGCGUGCCCGUUUUGUUGCUGCGAUUGCAGUCGUCCACCCUGAUUCUACGCCUGAAGGCGUUCUCGGUGUUUGUGACGGACACAUCAGGCACGCGCCGGUAGGAGAGAGUGGGUUUGGCUACGAUCCAGUGUUUGUGCCGGACGGAUAUGAACAGACUUUCGCAGAACUCGGCGAAGAAAUCAAAAAUCGAAUCAGUCAUAGAGCCAAGGCGUUAGAACAAGCACUCGCUUUGCUUUAG